AGGUAUUUUAGCGCAUGAGCGCCUCCUGGUUUGUUUGUUUGCUCCACGGACUAGCUAGCCUGUUUAUUUCGUCCAUUUUGUUUUACAUUUAGCUAGAUUAUUCUAUGGCAGAGAUGGAAGACGGUGAAGAGCCGGGUUUAAUACACUCUCACAGCUCUAAUUCGGGGUCAAAAUCGAGCAGUGACAAGAUGUUUUCUCUCAAGAAAUGGAAUGCUGUGGCAAUGUGGAGCUGGGAUGUGGAGUGCGAUACAUGCGCCAUCUGUAGGGUCCAAGUUAUGGAUGCAUGCUUGAGGUGUCAGGCUGAAAAUAAACAAGAGGACUGUGUCGUGGUAUGGGGAGAGUGCAACCACUCUUUCCACAAUUGCUGCAUGUCUCUCUGGGUUAAGCAGAACAAUCGCUGUCCACUGUGCCAGCAGGACUGGGUCGUACAGAGAAUCGGCAAAUGAGAAGUUCCUCUAACUUCCCCAUCCUUCCACUGCAAGUUUGGCCAGGAGACCAGACUGAGAAACUUCGACCUAUGUACAUGUGUGUGCAUGCCGCUGUCAUUCCUUCCAUGUUAAGAUAUAGAAUGAAUGGCCAAUAUCCAGGUGAAGACGUCCUUGCCCCGCUGUUUGAUGGAAACAUUGGCAGGUGCAGGGCAAUGCUGAAGAACUCUGAGGAUAGGUGCUGCGUUUGGUGUCUUUGUUACCUUUUUUUGUGUCGUCCAAGAUUUUUUUUGUGAGAAAAAAAAGUUAAUUAUUAAAAAUAAAUCUACACUUA